AUGCUAGGGUUUAGUGCACCUUCCCCUGUCUCGACCAACGCCGGUCCUUGCGCUCCACGCGCCAUCGUUGCUCUUCUCCUCUUCGUUCGAAUAACAAAUACCAGCUCUCCUUCCAACCUGGAGUAUCUGUAUUCGUCGACGACGUCGUUAAGGUCCAGUAGUUGUUCUUCAGUUAAAGCCAUGGUUGAAGCUGGAGCUCUUUCAGCGCCCACGACACCCACGCGUGGGAGGAAGCACGCUUUGAUUUCGUUAACAGAUAAAACGGAUGUGACUGUUCUUGGCAGUGGACUUCAGGAACUCGGGUACACAAUUAUUUCAACUGGAGGAACAGCAUCUGCUUUGGAAAGUGAUGGUCUAUCUGUGACUAAAGUGGAAGAUCUCACUGGUUUUCCUGAAAUGCUUGAUGGUCGUGUAAAAACUCUGCAUCCUAGCAUACAUGGGGGUAUCCUUGCUAGGAGAGAUUUGGAGCAUCACAUGGGAGCCCUUGACAAGCACAAGAUUGGUACAAUUGAGGUAGUGGUGGUCAAUUUAUAUCCAUUUUAUGAAAAAGUUUCCUCUUCAAGUGGAAUAUCUUUUGAAGAUGCAAUUGAGAAUAUUGAUAUUGGUGGCCCAACCAUGAUAGAAGCUGCCGCAAAGAAUCACAAGGAUGUUUUGGUGGUGGUUGAUCCAGAAGACUACCCUGCACUUCUAGAGUUUCUUCGCGGAAAGCAAGACAACCAACAGUUUAGGAGAAAACUGGCUCAGAAGGCUUUCCAGCAUAUUGCCUCUUACGAGACUGCAGUUUCAGAGUGGUUGUGGAAGCAAACAUCAGAAGAUAAGUUUCCUCCCAAUAUGACUGUGUCUCUCUCACUCAAAAGUCGACUUCGGUAUGGUGAAAAUCCUCACCAGAAGGCUGCAUUUUAUGUUGACAAGUCUCUCGCUGAGGUUAAUGGUGGUGGUAUUGCAACUGCUAUUCAACACCAUGGAAAGGAGAUGUCAUAUAAUAACUAUUUAGAUGCAGAUGCAGCGUGGAAUUGCGUGUGUGAAUUUAAUAGACCUACUUGUGUCAUUGUGAAACACACAAAUCCUUGUGGAGUUGCUUCACGUGAUGAUAUUGUUGAAGCAUAUAGACUGGCGGUGAAAGCAGAUCCAGUGAGUGCUUUUGGUGGUAUUGUAGCCUUUAAUGUGGAAGUUGAUGAGGUGCUGGCUAAGGACAUUCGAGAAUUUAGAAGCCCAACUGACAAUGAAACUCGAAUGUUUUAUGAGAUUGUUGUUGCACCCAAGUAUACGAAAAAGGGGCUAGAGGUUCUUCGUGGAAAAUCUAAGACUUUGAGAAUACUUGAGGCAAGUAAAAAUAGUAAAGGAAAACUCUCGCUCAGACAAGUUGGUGGGGGUUGGUUAGCUCAGGAUUCAGAUGACUUAGUUCCUGAAGAUAUCGAAUUCAAAUCAGUCGCUGAUAAGGCUCCACAAGAAAGUGAGCUUUCUGAUGCACGGUUUGCAUGGCUCUGUGUGAAGCAUGUCAAGAGUAAUGCCAUUGUCAUUGCAAAGGACAAUUGCAUGUUAGGUAUGGGAAGUGGGCAACCAAACAGGUUGGAAAGUUUCAGGAUAGCUUUAAGAAAAGCUGGGGAUGAAGUCAAGGGAGCUGCUUUGGCUAGUGAUGCUUUCUUUCCAUUUGCCUGGAACGAUGCUGUUGAAGAAGCAUGUCAAAGUGGGAUAAGCGUCAUUGCCGAGCCUGGAGGUAGCAUCAGAGAUGUCGAUGCUAUCGAUUGCUGUAAGAAAUAUGGAGUAUCCCUGCUUUUCACCAAUGUGAGGCACUUUAGGCAUUAAAAAAGGAAUUUUGAGUUUUAGAAGUGUUGCAUGCCUUGAUGAGCAAUUUCCAAGCUCGCAGCCAAGAUUAAGGCCUGAAAGCUUUGGUAGUUAACCAAGUAGAUGAUAUAUCGACAAUCUUGAAUCCUCUUAUAUUUAAUUUGACUGGUUUUCAAAAUGCAUUAUGAGCUAAUUCUGUGUA